AUGGCUGAGACUGACGAGUGGUCGGCCAACGCCACCGAAUCACUGAACAUCAGCUUGAUCGCACCUGCUACCGGGGCUACAAAGACGAUUGCCACAUUCAACCCCAAGUUUACGUACUCCAUCUUCGGCGAUGAUGAACGCAUCUUUGGAUACAAGGAUCUCAAGAUCAACCUGCGCUAUCGCACGUUCGACAUGCGCCCCAAUGUUCAGAUAACCUACGGCAAGCAGUUCCGGUCCGUUGGAGAGACUGAGGCGGCGGACGUCGAUGCGACUUUGAAGGAGCACCUGCCGUUGGUCGCCUUCCAGCCCGCACGCGAAUUCAACACAAGCUCUCAGAGCCAACCCGCCGACUGGACUCCUCCCGGCAGCCUACACUCGAGCUUCGAGGGACCUGACGGAACGUACGAGGUGUGGAAGGGAAGCCUCGCGGACCCUGCUGUCCGUCAAAUCGUCACCCGUGUCGAGAUUAUGGUUCCAAUGUUCAUCGAAGGUGGCUCGUACGUCUCUCGCGACCCGGAAAAUGAGGAGGACCCGUGGAAGGUCCUCGAGGAUGCCAAUCGCUGGACUACAUUCUUCCUGUACAGGAAGCAGACAUCCCCAGAGACCUCCGACAAGCCUUCCUACACCUUUGUCGGUUACUCAACCAUUUACAAAUUCUUCUGUUUUCGGCCGCCGACGCCGCCGUCAUCCGAGUGGGAUCUGCCGAAGGAGGAGUUUAACCUGCUGGAGGAGCUGCCCUGCCGAUCUCGUCUGUCGCAGUUCUUGAUCUUGCCGCCUUUCCAGGGCAAGGGCAUCGGUGCCCGCCUCUACAAGACCAUCUUCGAGCAUUACUACAACAACCCACAGACCCUGGAGCUGACUGUGGAGGAUCCCAACGAGGCUUUCGAUGACAUGCGCGACUUGGCUGAUAUCACCUUCCUGCGGGCACUGCCAGAGUUCAGCAAGGUGAAGAUCAAUACGAGCAUUGCUAUCCCUAGCCCUCCCAGCGGCACCGUACCCAAGGACCUAGUGGACCAGGAGCUUCUUAGAGAGCUUCGUCAAAAGACCAAGAUCGUCGAGCGUCAGUUCAAGCGCCUGAUUGAGAUUCAGACCAUGUCACAGCUUCCCGAGUCUGUCCGGGUAGGAUUCGGCGAUGAGAAGAAGCCGACACCUACCAAGCAGGACAAGCAUCAGUACCGUCUGUGGCAGCUGUUUGUGAAGCAGCGCCUGUACAGGCAGAAUGCCGAUGUGCUCGGUCAACUGGACCAGUCUGAGCGGUCAGAGAAGCUCAACGAGGCCCUGGUCAGCGUCGAGCUCGAGUACGCCAGAAUUCUUGACUGGCACGCUCGUUGGGUGAAGAACAUGGCUGCUUCCUCCGCCGAGGACUCGGGCAGCAAGCGUAAGUCUGUGGAUGACGGCGAGGAGCAAGGUGCGGCCAAGAAGGUCAGAGUUGAGAGCGCCUAG